GCGGGGCGGGGCGGGCGAGCGGUGUCUGUCAGGGCUUCAGCUGUACGCCCCCCACUGCCGCCCCCCUCCCCCGCGGUCGCGUCGUUGCCACCUUUCGCUUGCCUUGAGAGGGGACAGGUGACGGCCGGGGCUCUGGGUGGCGGCUUGGCCUCCGGGCAUCUGUCCUCAGCCGCCUCUCUGAGCCAGCCUCGGUCCUCGAGCGGGUCCCGGCCGCGGGAAGAUGGCGGCCGCACCCCGCGGCGUCUGCGAGCAGCGGCGCCUGGGCUGUGGGUCGGGACCCCUCGCGCGGCUGCUCGUCCUUGCGCAGGCGCUGCUGCUGCUGCCCGCCGCCCGGGCCGGCCUGUGCCCGGCGCCCUGCGCCUGCCGCCUUCCACUGCUGGACUGCAGUCGCAGGAAGCUGCCCGCGCCCAGCUGGAGGGCACUGUCAGGCCCGCUGCCCCCCGAUACCUCCAGCCUGGAUUUGAGUCAUAACCGGUUGUCUAACUGGAACAUAAGCUUGGAAUCACAGACUUUACAAGAAGUGAAAAUGAAUUACAAUGAGCUAACAGAGAUCCCAUAUUUUGGAGAACCAACACCUAAUAUUACUCUACUUUCAUUAGUCCAUAAUCUAAUACCAGAAAUAAAUGCAGAAGCAUUCCAGCUUUACUCUGCUCUCGAGAGUUUAGACCUCAGUUCCAAUAUAAUAUCAGAGAUCAAGACAUCUUCAUUUCCUCAAAUGUCGCUGAAGUAUCUGAAUUUGAGUAAUAAUAGGAUAACCACCUUGGAGGCCGGUUGCUUUGACAACUUAUCAGGUUCUUUAUUAGUGGUAAAAUUAAACCGGAACCGAAUUAGCAUGAUUCCACCUAAAGUCUUCAAGCUGCCUCAUCUCCAGUUCUUGGAACUGAAAAGAAACAGGAUUAAAAUUGUAGAAGGCCUUACCUUCCAAGGGCUUGAUUCCUUACGCUCAUUGAAAAUGCAACGGAAUGGAAUUAGCAAACUCAAAGAUGGAGCAUUUUUUGGCUUGAAUAAUAUGGAAGAAUUAGAGCUGGAACAUAAUAACCUCACAGGAGUGAACAAAGGGUGGCUGUAUGGCUUGCGAAUGUUACAGCAGCUCUAUAUGAGCCAGAAUGCUAUCGAAAGAAUCAGCCCUGACGCAUGGGAGUUCUGCCAGAGACUGUCUGAACUGGAUUUGUCCUAUAACCAGCUGACCCGCCUUGAUGAAUCUGCCUUUGUGGGUUUGAGUUUCCUAGAGAGAUUGAAUUUAGGGGACAAUAGAGUCACUCAUAUUGCUGAUGGUGUAUUUAGGUUUCUUUCCAAUCUUCAAACACUAGAUUUGAGAAACAAUGAAAUUUCAUGGGCCAUAGAAGAUGCUAGUGAAGCCUUUGCUGGACUCAAAAGUCUCACUAAAUUAGUCUUGCAAGGAAACCAGAUUAAGUCAAUUACACAGAAAGCAUUCAUUGGUCUUGAAUCCCUUGAGUAUUUAGAUUUGAACAACAAUGCUAUAAUGUCUAUCCAAGAAAAUGCUUUUUCUCAGACUCACUUAAAGGAGCUUGUUCUGAACACAAGCAGUUUGCUCUGUGAUUGUCAUUUGAAGUGGCUACUUCAGUGGCUGGUGGAUAACAACUUUCAUCAUUCUGUGAAUGUAAGCUGUGCACAUCCUGAAUGGUUAGCUGGGCAAAGCAUCCUGAAUGUGGACCUGAAAGAUUUUGUCUGUGAUGAUUUUCUGAAGCCUCAGCUAAGGACACAUCCUGAAAGCACAGUUGCUCUAAGAGGUGUUAAUGUGACUCUGACGUGUACUGCAGUAAGCAGCAGUGAUUCUCCCAUGUCCACUGUAUGGCGCAAGGAUAGUGAGAUCCUGUAUGAUGUGGAUAUCGAGAAUUUUGUUCGUUACCGGCAGCAGGCUGGAGAAGCUCUGGAAUAUACUAGUGUCUUACACCUCUUCAAUGUGAACUUCACAGAUGAAGGGAAAUACCAGUGUAUUGUUACUAAUCACUUUGGCUCUAAUUAUUCGCAGAAAGCCAAACUGACUGUGAAUGAGAUGCCCUCUUUUCUGAAAACUCCGAUGGAUCUAACUAUUCGCACUGGUGCCAUGGCCAGAUUAGAAUGUGCGGCAGAGGGGCACCCUGCACCUCAGAUUUCCUGGCAGAAAGACGGUGGUACUGACUUUCCUGCAGCCCGAGAAAGACGAAUGCAUGUCAUGCCUGAGGAUGACGUCUUCUUCAUUGCCAACGUUAAGAUAGAAGACAUGGGAAUCUACAGCUGCAUGGCACAGAACAUAGCCGGAGGCCUCUCAGCGAAUGCCUCCCUCAUUGUGUUAGAGACACCUUCAUUUAUUAGACCUCUGGAGGACAAGACUGUCACCCGAGGUGAAACGGCAGUAUUGCAGUGCAUAGCUGGAGGGAGUCCUGCUCCUCGCCUCAACUGGACCAAAGAUGAUGGACCACUCUUAGUAACAGAACGACACUUCUUUGCUGCAGCCAAUCAGCUUCUCAUCAUUGUAGAUGCUGGGUUAGAAGAUGCUGGAAAAUAUACCUGCAUUAUGUCUAACACUCUUGGGACAGAGCGGGGACAUAUUUACUUAAACGUCAUUUCAUCCUCCAAUUGUGACUCUUCUCAGAAUAGCAUUGGACAUGAGGAUGAUGGUUGGACCACAGUUGGCAUUGUCAUCAUUGUGGUGGUCUGCUGUGUGGUGGGCACGUCUUUGAUCUGGGUCAUUGUAAUCUACCACGUGAGAAGGAAAAAUGAAGACUAUAGUAUCACAAAUACAGAGGAACUUAAUUUGCCUGCAGACAUUCCCAGCUAUCUGUCUUCCCAAGGAACACUGUCUGAACCGCAGGAAGGCUACAGCAACUCUGAGGCCGGCAGUCAUCAGCAGCUUAUGCCUCCCGCCAACGGAUACGUACACAAGGGCACGGACGGUGGUACCAGUACCCGGGUGAUCUGUUCAGAUUGUUAUGACAAUGCCAACAUCUACUCGAGGACCCGAGAAUACUGUCCAUACACCUAUAUUGCUGAGGAGGAUGUUUUAGACCAGACCCUGUCCAGCCUCAUGGUUCAGAUGCCCAAAGAGACAUUUUUGUCGAAUCCUCCCCAAGAUGCUACUACUCUGGAGAGUCUGAUACCAUCAGCAGAGAGAGAGCUGUCUGCCUUUCCCACCAACCAUGAGAGGAUGAAUGAGAAGCUUCCCUUCUCACAGAUGAGCAGUGAAAUAUUCCAGCGGCCGUUGUGGAACAUGAACAGAGAACUAGGCCUACUUCCCUUUCCCCAGCAGCCUGUCCUUGACUCGCCACAGCUUCAGCGACAUGAGGGCCUGCCAGAGAGGGAUCCAAACUGCUCUUCCCCUGUGUCCUGCCACAGGUUACAUGACCACACUUUCGAUUUUAGUAGGACUCGGAACAUUCAAGAUGGUAGUGAAGGCACAUGAAGCCCAUUCGGGAGGAAGUCUGAGCAGAAACUCAAGUUAGUUAAUUUACUACCUCAGAGUUGAGAAGAACCCCCAAAGUCAGCACUUGCGUAACUCUUGGCUUCGAGUUAUAUCUGACCACCCCAAGUAGCCCUGAUGUCUGGGCUUACACCUGUUGAAGAAAAGUUAGUGGCUGACAAAUGUACCGCAGAAAUGUGUACCGCGUUGAGAGUACACAGCCCUGGAAGUGAUGUGGGCAAGUAUCCUUCCAGAUGGCCCCACAGGGAUGUGCCCAGGUGUGCGCUGCCCGUCAUGAAGAGUGUCGUUGCUGCUUAGCCUGCUGGAUUGCCCCAGUCCUCAGAAUGGUCAUGGGAAAGCAUCACUACUUUGACAUUCUACUUGGCCUUCCAAGUUAGGAGCAGAGAUAGCUUCUGAGUUCUCCUAACUCUGACUGGGAUUCUCCUGUGGUGUUGAACAGAGAAUGGAGGCUGAGGCUUUGAUAUUCAAGGUCUUCAGCUAGAAGUUUUGCUGACUGGUACCAGAGCAAAGGCUUUUGUAUUCGUGUGUGUGUGUGUGUGUGUGUGUGUGUGUGUGUGUGUGUUUUGGUGUAUGUGUGUGGGGGGCUAUGUUUGUUUUGUCCCUAUAACCAGGGAUGUCAUUGUAAAUAUAUGUGCAUUUAUAAAUAAUUUUUCUACUCAUUGACCUUGUGUGUUGGCUACAGUGUAAAUACUUUUGAUAUGCCCAAAUUAUAUAUAAUGUCUAUCUGGUUACUGUCUGGGCAGCAACUUCUCAAGAUCACAGAUUUUACAUAACUUAGUUUAAUGAGGUCUACAAACUCUGUUUAAAGCUCUAAGACUAUUUGUUACGAAGCUUAUGUAGAGAGGCGGGGUACUUAGUGAUUGUGUGCUCACAAACUCAGUCUUGGUGUAAUUAACUGCUUGCUUCAUGCCUGAAGGUCCAUGCAUCCAAUCCCUUGCCGUGUGUUUACAAGUGCCAGGUGAUAAUCUUGUUCUAGCAUGAACGUCUAGCUCUUCCAGAGCCCAGCACCUUGUCGCAGCCCUGUGAGCAUAGAAGAUUACUUAUUUGGGGACUGUCUUCUGUCAGCAAAGUACUUUAAUGACAAGGAAACCAAAGAUUGUUCUUUUCUAUGUUUACUUUGUUUUUAGUCUCCUUCAUGAAUGUAGCGUAUUAAGAAGGGCAGUGUGCUCUUGGGAGUAGAUCCCACGGAAGUUCCUGAACUCUGAUUUAAUGUCGUCCUUACUUUAUACCAGUUAUUAUUGAAGCCAAAAAACUUUCUUGAAUUUCUGGUAGCAAAAAGCUUUAUGUAAACAAAGAAAGUUAACACUAAUGAAAUGUCAUGUGCUUUCAGUCUGUCCUUUGUAAUACCAGCUUCCGGCUAGAUGGCUCUGGACUUUUAAAGGUGUCUGUUUGUAAGUAACUGUAUAUUUUUAGAAUUCCAAACUCACUUAGCUUUUUGUCAGAAAGAUGAAUUUUUGACUUUUUUCCAUGCUUGUUUUAAUCUUUAAUUUUUCUUCCUCAGAUAAAAGUGCUGUUAGCAUUUUUAACUUUCUUUUCCUAUUUAAAUUGUCAUGAUGUCUUCAUUUCCACUUUGAACCUUUCAGAUAUUGUAGUCUUCUCAUCUCUUUGGACGCUUUCUUCCUUUUGGGCUGUCUUCUAGUUUAUAGUGGUCUGACUGGGAAUUAGAACCCGGCCCCCUUCCUGGCGCUGCUCUCGCUAGCUGUAUGUAUAUCUGACUCCUGCUGAUGGGAAGAGGCUAUCCACCAGCUCUAAGCCGCUCUCCAGCUCCCUCCAGGAACCAAGAGGAUUGUGCCACUUCAGUAAAGAGCUGCCUUUGUGAACUGUUAGCUAGAUCAAGGAUGAUGCUGCUUGCUCUAACUUGAGCUAUAUUUAUUUCCCCAGUACAGGACUAAUGGUCUAAAAAUGCUCAGGGGAGGGGGGGAAAUGCUCUGCUUUUAAACAAUGUCAGUAAACAAAGACUCACGUCUGAAUUGAAAAAUUGCCUUUUGUCUUCUGGAGCAGCAGUACUCCAGCACACAGGGGCUCAGAGUGGAGGUGUGCUGCAGCCCAUGUGUGGCUGGCCAUGCCACUUCUGUGGUCAGUUUAGUGCUCUGUCAGCUGGGAUCUGUCGGGUAGAAAGCAGGCCCUGAUGCAGUCCUCUAGAAAUACUUUAUCCAGGACAUCACCCCGAAGCUCCAGCAGUGGCCUUUCUGCCGGGGUAUCAGUCUGGUCUUCUGAGGGUUGGUGGGAUGUUGGACCCGCCCUCCCAGAUAUCCCUGGCUUGCUUAAAUAACUGUUAAGGAAAAGAGCCUGCUUGCUUCGGUUUAAAAUAACAAUAGAUUCUUAGCCUGGCCGAGGUGGUGCACGCCUUUAAUCCUAGCACUCAGGAGGCAGAGGCAGGUGGAUCUCUGAGUUCGAGGCCAGCCUGGGCUACAGAGUGAGUUCCAGGACGGGCUCCAAAGCUACACAGAAAAACCCUGUCUCAAAAAACAAACAAAAAACCCAGACAAAACUACAGUAUAUUCUUAACUUAGAGAAAGGAAUUCCUGAAAAAACUUCUUUGCACAGGUUUGACCAAGCAGUCUCUAUCCUCCAGUAGUGGUAGAAUUGGUGUCUCCUCAGCGCUUCCUCCAGGCUGGACAGGGUUCACCUAGGACAUUGCAGAGCAAGGGAGACUGAAAUCCUCAGAGAAGUAGUCCAUCCCCAGCCAGUUCCUACUUCAUUUUUGUGGGACAACGUAAGCUCUCUUAAUUUGUUGGUGCCCGUCUUGGGCUGAUUCUACACAUGGAGGCUUAUUCAUAAUUAUAAAUCCCCAGCUUUAGCGUGGCUUGUUGCUAGCCAGCUUUUCUUAGCUUUAAAUUAUCCCUUCUAUCUUUGGUCUCUGGGCUUUUACCUUUCUCUAUUUCUGUGUACCUUUCUUUCUUACCCUGUUGCUGGUUGUGCAGCUGGGCGGCUGGCCCCUGAUUUCCUCCUUUUCCUCCUUCUCCUCCUCUUCCUCGUCUCUUGUUCUUUCUUUUUCUCCUACUUAUCCUCUCUGCCUGCCAGCCCUACCCUUCCUUUCUCCUGCCUUGCUAUUGGCCGUCAGCUCUUUAUUAGACCAUCAGGUUUUUCAGAAAGGAAAAGUAACACAGCUUCACUGAGUUAAACAAAUGCAACAUAAAAGAAUGCAACACAUCUUUGCAUCAUUAAACAAAUGUUCCACAGCAUCAACAAAUGUAACACAUGUUAAAAUACUUUUCUACAAGCCGGGCGGUGGUGGUGCACGCCUUUAAUCCCAGCACUCGGGAGGCAGAGCCAGGCGGAUCUCUGUGAGUUCGAGGCCAACCUGGGCUACCAAGUGAGUCCCAGGAAAGGCGCAAAGCUACACAGAGAAACCCUGUCUUGAAAAACCAAAAAAAAAAAAAAA